UCGGAAGUGUUGAAUCCGUACGUCGCGUUUCGAACGAAUUUUCUCGGUGAAAAAUAGUGCAAAAUCGGCCAAUAGUUGCUAAUUACGGUGCGUAACGGUCUAGUGCCGCCUACUUUCGCUGGUUGGAGUCGCACAAGGAUUAGGUGGUGCCCCAAUUGGUGAUUUUUUCUCGGGGGGUUGGCUCUCGGUAGCACCCUUGUCUUGACAGUCAGUUGAGGAGCAGCAAGGAUAAAGAGGAAAAGUGUCGAGGUCUGUUUUCCACACCCUACUGCCGUCGUCGCGUGCGUCGCGCAACCGUACCAACCGCCGGGCCGUCGUUCUUUUUAUCGUCGCCGCCGUCGUGAAGAACUCAAUCGCGUGUGUGUUGAUCCCGGCUCUUUUGGGAAGCAUCCACAGGAAGCAUCAAUCUUAUACCGUCUCCCCUUUGGGGCGAUAUUUUGCGGAAUACGUGUGAAGACAAAGUGCUUGUGAAGGGUAAAAAACAAAUAAUAGCAGAAGAAAAAUUGUGAAGAGAGUCGGGCUGAGCCGACAGUGCAGUGAACAGCUUGGAAUAAUUUAAUUGGACCAAACCCUAUAGCGAUAGUAGUUGGACGACUGGAGAAGUGGUCGUCAGAUUCCGCGAUGACGAGUCGGUGCCGUGCUGGUGAUACGGCGACAAUGUUCGCACUAGUGUGUAUGGUUUUGCUAAGUGGCUUCAAUUGCUUCAAUGCGGUUGAGGCGGCCUCCAAGGUGGACGACUCCAAGGGUCCCGUCUUCCUCAAGGAACCCACCAACCGGAUCGACUUCUCGAACUCAACCGGCGCCGUCGUAGAGUGUAGUGCCACCGGUAACCCCCCACCGGAAAUGAUCUGGAUCCGAAGCGAUGGAACGGCCGUCGGCGAGGUGCCCGGGCUGCGCCAAAUCCUCCCGAAUGGUAACCUCGUGUUCCCGCCGUUCCGCGCCGAAGACUACCGUCAGGAUGUGCACGCCCAGGUCUACGCUUGCAUGGCCAAGAACCAGUUUGGAUCCAUCAUUUCGCGCGAUGUCAACGUUCGAGCCGUUGUGCAGCAGUACUACGAAGCCGAUGUCAACAAGGAGCACGUCAUCCGGGGUAAUUCGGCCAUCCUCAAGUGUUUGAUUCCGUCUUUUGUGGCGGAUUUCGUCGACGUCGUUUCCUGGACCGACGAGGAGAAUUCGUACGUGUAUUCGGCAACGGCGGAUGACAGCAGCGUGAUCGCCCAGUACUACGACGUGGACGUCAACAAAGAAUACGCUAUUCGUGGCAACUCGGUCCUAAUGAAGUGCCAAAUCCCGUCCUACGUAGCCGAUUUUGUCCGCAUCGAAUCCUGGCACACGGAUCAGAACCAAAGUUUCUACAUCAACUCCACCGAGAACGACGAGGACGGCAAAUACAUGGUCCUACCGUCCGGGGAGUUGCACAUCCGUGAAGUUGGUCCCGAAGAUGGCUACAAAAGCUACCAGUGCCGAACCAAGCACCGGCUGACCGGCGAAACUCGGCUUUCGGCCACCAAAGGACGUCUCGUGAUCACAGAACCUCUUGGUAGGGUAGCCCCGAAGCUAUCGUUCAGCUCCAAGAUCCUCACUGCCGAAGUUAGACAAAUGGCAACAUUAGCCAUGUUCUGUUCCGCCCAGGCAUUUCCGGUGCCCGUUUUUAGGUGGUACAAAUACAUCGAAGGAACGACCCGCAAGCAAGCCGUGGUGCUGAACGACCGCGUCAAGCAAGUUUCCGGCACGCUGAUCAUCAAGGAUGCCGUGGUGGACGAUUCCGGAAAGUAUCUGUGCGUGGUGAACAACUCGGUCGGCGGUGAAAGCGUUGAAACCGUACUGACGGUGACGGCUCCACUAACGGCCAAGAUCGAACCCCGUACCCAAACGGUGGACUUUGGACGCCCGGCCGUGUUCACGUGCAAGUUCUCCGGCAAUCCGAUCAAAACCGUCAGCUGGACCAAGGAUGGCAAGGCGCUGGGACACAGCGAUGCCGUACUGCGGAUAGAAUCGGUCAAGAAGGAAGACAAGGGCAUGUACCAGUGCUUUAUCCGAAACGAUCAGGAAAGUGCACAGGCCAGCGCCGAGCUGAAAUUGGGAGGACGAUUUGAUCCACCGGUGAUUCGUGAGGCAUUCCCCGAGGAAACCCGGCACCCAGGACCGUCCGUAUUUCUGAAGUGUAUCGCAGGGGGCAACCCGACGCCGGAAAUUUCCUGGGAACUGGAUGGAAAGAAAAUCACCAACAGCGAUCGGUACCAGGUCGGACAGUACGUCACGGUCAACGGGGAUGUUGUUUCGCACUUGAAUAUCACGUCGCUGCAUUCCAACGAUGGCGGUCUGUACAAGUGUAUUGCCAGCAGUAAGGUUGGUGUGGCGGAGCACUCGGCCAAGUUGAAUGUGUACGGUUUGCCCUACGUGAGAACCAUGGAGAAGAAAUCGAUUGUGGCUGGCGAGACGCUGAUCGUGACGUGCCCGGUUGCUGGAUAUCCGAUCGAUUCGAUUGUUUGGGAGAGAGAUAACCGACAGUUGCCGAUCAACCGGAAGCAGAAGGUAUUCCCGAACGGAACGCUCAUCAUCGAAAAUGUGGAACGAAAUUCCGAUCAGGCCACGUAUACCUGCGUUGCAAAGAACUCGGAAGGCUACACCGCACGGGGGACACUGGAAGUUGCUGUUAUGGUCCCUCCCAAAAUCACCCCAUUCACCUUCGGCGAUGAUCCUUUGAACUUCGAAGAAUCCGUGUCAGUUUACUGCGGUAUAACGUCCGGCGAUUUCCCCAUUAUGAUUGAAUGGUUUUUCAACGGCAUUCCGGUAAUCGAGAUUCGGAGCAGCUUGGAUCGAAUCAGCGUUACUACGCUGAACAAACGCACCAAGUCACUUUCCAUCGAAGGAGUUAACGAACGCUACGCAGGAAACUACACUUGCCGGGCAUCCAAUCCGGCGGGAUUCACCAACUAUACUACCGAGUUGGUUGUGAUCGUCCCACCAAGGUGGAUUCUCGAGCCUACUGAUAAGGCAUUCGCACAAGGCUCUAACGCAAAGGUCGAAUGCAAAGCCGAUGGGUUCCCGAAGCCUCAGGUCAGCUGGAAGAAGGCAAUCGGUGACACCCCUGGAGAGUACAAAGAUCUCCGCUCGAACGACUCGAGCAUCCGCGUCGAAGAGGGAUCGCUGUUCAUCAACAACAUUCAGAAAUCGAACGAAGGCUACUAUCUGUGCGAAGCGAUCAACGGAAUUGGCUCGGGUCUCAGUGCGGUGAUAUUGAUCAGUGUGCAAGCCCCACCGGAGUUCACGGAAAAGCUGCGCAACCAAACGGCUCGCCGUGGGGAACCGACAGUGCUGCAGUGCGAAGCCAAGGGUGAGAAACCGAUCGGUAUUCUGUGGAACAUGAACAACAUCCGACUGGACCCGAAAUCCGAUAAUCGCUACACUAUUAGAGAGGAGAUUCGUCCAGAUGGAGUUAUGUCUAGUCUGUCGAUCAAGCGUACCGAACGAAGCGAUUCGGCUCUAUUCACCUGCAUGGCAACCAAUGCUUUCGGAAGUGACGACGCUAGUAUCAAUAUGAUCAUUCAAGAGGCUCCGGAAAUGCCUUACGCCCUGAAAGUUUUGGACAAAUCUGGCCGAACGGUGCAACUGAGUUGGGCCAAGCCAUACGAUGGAAACUCCCCUCUGAAGCGGUACAUUAUUGAGUUCAAGCGAUCUCGAGGAACGUGGGAAAAUGAUGUUGAUCGCGUAAUUGUUCCUGGUCACACCAACGAAGCACAAGUACAGAAACUGAGUCCUGCCACAACGUACAAUAUCCGAAUCAUCGCUGAAAAUGAAAUCAAUGGAUCAGAUUCGUCGGAAGUUGUUACGAUUAUCACUGCUGAAGAGGCUCCAUCCGGUAAGCCACAAGCUAUCAAGGUGGAACCAAUCAAUCAGACUACGCUUCGAAUUAGCUGGAAGGCUCCACCACGCGCGGAAUGGAAUGGUGACAUUUUGGGUUAUUACGUAGGGUUUAAGCAGACUUCCCAGAACUCGUCUUAUAUCUAUGAAACGGUGAACUAUUCUUUGGAAGGCGGUGAAGGCAAGGAACACAGUCUGGAGAUCAACAAUCUGAAAACUUACACUCAGUAUUCGAUCGUCAUCCAAGCUUUCAAUAAGGUUGGACCUGGCCCAAUGAGCGAAGAAGAGAAACAGUACACCGCCGAAGGAACUCCAGACCAGCCCCCGAGUGAUACCAUGUGCACCACGCUCACUUCCCAAACCAUUCGUGUCUCGUGGGUAAGCCCUCCGCUAGAAUCCGCCAAUGGUGUGAUCAAGGGAUACAAAGUUGUUUACUCCCCAAGUGAAUUGUUUAACGAUGACAAGAAUAAGGACUACAAGAAGACUGCCUCUAGCGAUACUGUUCUGCAUGGUCUCAAGAAGUAUACCAACUACACUAUGCAAGUUUUGGCCACAACCUCUGGUGGUGAUGGCGUUCGUAGUGCUCCAAUUCACUGCCAAACCGAGCAAGACGUCCCCGAAGCACCCACCGCAGUUAAGGCUUUAGUCAUGUCGGAAGGAUCGAUUCUGGUUUCGUGGCAACCACCAUCUCAACCGAAUGGAGUUAUCCUACAAUAUACAGUCUACAUUAAAAUCGGCGACCAAGAACCUAAGAGCCACAAAGUGCCUUCCUAUCAGAUGAGUUAUGAAGCUUCCGGCUUGGAGAAGAACCAACAGUACGACUUCUGGGUUACGGCAAGCACAACAAUCGGCGAAGGUCAACGAUCGAAGAUGCUCUCAGCUAUGCCAAGCGAUAAGGUUCCAGCGAAGAUUGCCUCGUUUGAUGAUACGUUUACUGCCACCUUCAAGGAGGAUGCCAAACUGCCAUGUCUUGCCGUAGGAUCGCCUACACCAGAUAUUACCUGGAGAAUAAAGGGUCAGGAAUUUGUCCCCAAUGAACGCAUCCGUCAGCUACCGGAAGGAUCUCUAUUUAUUAAGGACGUAAUCCGACAGGACGCAGGAGACUACACUUGCACGGCGGAGAACUCAAUCGCCAAAGAUUCCAUUACCCACCGAUUGAUCAUCCUAGCUCCUCCACAGUCGCCUCAACUAACGCUCACUGCCACCACAACCGACUCACUUGCCGUCAAACUGAAGCCCCAUGAAUCCGAUACUGCUCCCCUCCAAGGAUACACCCUGCACUACAAGCCGGAAUUCGGUGACUGGGAAACGAUCGACGUUGCACUGGAUGCUCCAAAAUACACGAUCGAAAACCUGUACUGCGGGUCGCGGUAUCAAGUGUACGCCACCGCUUACAACACCAUCGGUGCCGGUGAACCUUCGGAUAUUCUGAACACCCGGACCAAAGGAUCGAAGCCACUGCUGCCAGAGAAGUCACGAUUCAUCGAGGCCUCAUCCAAUUCUAUCACGCUGCAUUUGCCCGCCUGGAAGGACGGCGGCUGUCGCAUGUCGCAUUUCGUCGUCGAAAACAAGAAGAAGGAUCAACUCGAUUGGAAUCAAAUUUCGAAUAAUGUGAAACCCGGUGGCAACUUUGUUGUGCUCGAUUUGGAACCAGCCACGUGGUACAAUCUGCGGGUGACCGCUCACAACAACGCAGGAUUCACCGUCGCCGAGUACGAAUUCGCUACUUUGACAAUCACCGGAGGUACGAUCGCACCGAAUCUGGGCUCGAUCCAGCCCGGGGCCAUGUACCCACCCUGGAUCCCGCACUGGAUCGACCUGAACGUGAUGGUGCCGCUGAUUGCGACCAUCAUCGUCGUGGCGGUGGGCGUUCUUGUGAUCUGCGUGGCGAUCUCACGCCGACGGGACGACGAUCCACGCUGCGGACCGAAGGACGUUUAUUACGAUGUGGUGUACAACCAAUCGAUGGGACCUGCCGGCGCUGCUACGCUGGACAAACGUCGCCCGGACAUCCGCGAUGAGCUUGGCUACAUUGCACCACCGAAUCGUAAACUGCCUCCAGUGCCCGGAUCCAACUACAACACUUGCGAUAGAGUGAAACGAGGAACCGUCAUCAGCCAUAAUCCUAUCAAUAAAUCCAACCACUCAACCUGGGACCCCCGUCGACCACUGUACGAAGAGCUGAAAAACGUUCAAGCUCCGGCGAGAAGAUGUAACCACCCACCAGCGUGCUACGGCAUGGAAGACGAAAUCUGCCCGUACGCUACGUUCCACCUGCUCGGAUUCCGCGAGGAGAUGGAUCCCACCAAGGCGAUGAACUUCCAGACGUUCCCGCAUCAGAACGGCAUGGGCGGACCGGGCCACAUGGGCACGAUGGGCUCGAACAUGGCCAUGCAGGUGCCGAACCACGUACACUCGCGCUCCGGAUCACAGUCAAUGCCACGCCAGAACCGGUAUGCACGAAAGAACAGCCAGGGAGGACAGAGCAGUAUCUACACGCCGGCCCCAGAGUAUGACGAUCCGGCGAACUGUGCCGAGGAGGAUCAAUACAGACGAUACACUCGCAUCAACUCGCAGGGAGGAUCGCUGUACUGCGGACCAGGACCCGAAUAUGACGAUCCUGCCAACUGCGCACCCGAGGAGGAUCAGUAUGGAUCGCAGUACGGUGGCAACUACGGCACACCAUACGAUCACUACGGAUCACGAGGAUCCGUGGGACGGCGUAGUGUGGGAUCGCCUGAACCCCCACCACCGCCACCACGCAACCACGAUACGAGCAACUCUUCCUUCAACGACUCCAAGGAAAGUAACGAAAUUUCGGAAGCGGAAUGCGAUCGAGACAACGGUCCACGAGGCAAUUAUGGCGCAACGGCCAAAUCAACCGAUGCCCUCAAUGCUGAGGAGACUGAGAAGUUGUUGAAACAAAGAAACGAAAUCAAACCCAAGUACGCCAAACAAACAGCAGCCCCCGCCAGUGCAGGACUCACAGCCUACGAUACUAUGGCAGUGUAAUCUGUAAACGACUGAUGAUGACACAGUGAUGACCUCAACCUCAACGGAGGUCUGCCAUAGAGGGGGAGCAAGCGGCAGCAGGCAGUCAGUCAGAACGAUAGUCCCAUCCCCGUAGAAUCCAACCAAUUUCUUAGAACUGCUAUACCGCCCCCAAUACCAUCCCCCCAAAAACUCAACGUAUCGCGCCACAUCACUUGAAAGAAAUAACACACCGCUCUACUUUACCAUUUUGCACCGUACACUCGCGUGACUUUGGAAACCGCAAAACGCGCAGCCACAGCAGUUCGAUCAGGGUCUACGGCCGCAGCAAUGGGCCCUGCUCCUCGACGCUGUCCUUAUGGCGAAAACGAUCGAAGCCGAGCUACUUGUGAGCUGAAUCCGAACCGAAUUAUCAAUAUUCCCUGAGUGCAGCAGUGGUGUUUUUCACGUAACGGUUGUGUAAAAGUUUUACGCACUCAGUGUCUGUUUUAUAUUUGUAUGUGUAAUAUUUGACAUUUAUGUACGAUAUAUAAGAAUAUUUCAGUCUUCGCUAUCGAUUAUGUAUUGAUAUUAAUGAUUAAGCGCUAAUUUGUGAUCGAAUGUAUUUUUUAAAUUAUGUCGCUUUUAACAUUUAUGCGAUUCGGGUUGCAGAAAGAAAAGUCACGCCAAAGCACUAGAGGACAUUUUUCCAUUUUCACGACAUCACACACACAUUUACAAUGCAUUUCCAUAAUCCAUUCUCUAAUUAAUGUAGUAUAUAACGGGAAAACUGUUUUUGGCAACUAUAAAGUAAAACUAAACAUUAAACCGCUCCUAAUCCAACAUUUCGCAAACGCUAUCGACUAAUCAAAACGCAACGAAAGUUACGUAACACUAACCCUCUAACCUUUCGAUGACACAUACACACACGAUAGAGUGAUUCCACCCACAGUAAGUUGAAAAAUAUGUGUUUUGUUCAAUACAAAAGGAGUUGGGCGCCAAUUGUGUCCAAAUAGGAUUUCUCGUUGCCACUUGUUGACGUUGAUUCGCAUUACUUGCUAUUAUUUUACGAAUUACUAUUCAUUUUUUUCGAAAAGAGAUAUUAAUGUAGAUUUUGGGAAGAUUUGAAUCAGUGCAGGCCAAGUUUUACUACUGACAUGAUCCUUGUCUUAAAAAGAAGGCAGAUAGAAUCGAUUAUAACAUAUCUUUGAUGAUAUAAUCAAUUUUUGAAAUAUGUGGUUCCUCAACGAGAAAACCAGUCAUCUAUUAGGACAACACUUAUUUUUGGGUGGAAUCCUCGGUUCGAACCUAGAAAAACAAAAAAAAACAAUCAUUGAUAAAAAUUGGCGAUAAAAACUAAUGAACAAAAUCAAACAUUAACGGAGAAUUAUUACGAUGUAAUGAUUAUGAUGUACUAACUAGCAGCUAGGGUGGUCGUCAAUGCCGGACGAAGACACGUGUGUGAAAGCAAAGAAGUAAAUUAUAUAGGACAUAAAAUUUAAAAGAGGGAAAAUGUGAAAAAGCAAACGUAUGGCGAACGGAAGCGUGACAUUAUUGUGUAGAGCUAAAGACGUGACGAGGAAACCGCGAAGGUUUGUGACAUUCGAUGGAUUUACGCUGGAAAUUCGUCUCACUUUCUCCCGAAGUAAGAAUUAUUAUACAAACCUAUUGUAAUUAAUUGGCUGUAGAGUACAUCGCAGUGAAUGUAAUCGCAUCGUCCCAUAGAAAGCGAAUUUGGUGGUUGUCGAUGCGAAUGUCGUUGCUGGGUGGUGAAGGUCGACAUUCGGCUUCGUCAGGUCGUGUAACGAAAAUAAUGUAGUUUCUAUGUAGGUUACGUUGAUUUAUAAAAUACAGGGCUUUGAUUUUUUAGAUUUAAGUUCCCUAAUUUAACGAAAGAGCUUUAAUUUCGCUUCCAAACGAGCAUAUCCCCUUUAGCGUUUAAGUGUUUGCGUCUCUAUUUCAUUUUCUAUAUAUACUGUAAAAUUAUUGAAUAAGCACAAACGUUUGGAAACAGUUUCCUCAAAUUUAAUGGAUAUUAAUUAGAUAAGAAUUUAGAAGUAUGCGGAUGCGUGUAAAUUGUAACGACGACGAUACCAAAAAUGGAAAGCAAACGAAACGAAGAAAACAAAACGAUAGGUCUGAGAAACUGAUCGAUAAUUGCUCAAUUUUUUGACCGGUUUGUAGAGUUUUUUGUCCCUUCCUCGGUAGUUUGGAGGAGGUGUUUGAUAGAAAAAAUUCCACGCUAGAAGUUUAAGGGAAAAGCAGAUAGUUGAGCACCGAGAUCUUAGUUGUGAGUAGAUUUUCUAUAGGUUAGGUUUUACGGUGUGAUAAAUUUGCUCAGUAAACAGACUUUAUAGCUCACUAUGACGCGCAGAAUAGAUGAGCAAUUUUGUUCUAUUUCUAUUGAUCCGAACGUGGAAAGAUGAAAACGUUGAGAUCGUUCCAGCAUUUUUUCAUUGAUAUUAAAUCGAUAACAAUAGAAUCGUGUAUCAAUCUCCUAGGGAUUUCAUGCACAGUAAAUCUCGAAGUCUUUUAAACUUCCACUGACUUUAUGAAGUUUAUUUCAAUCCUGUUACAUACAACUCUCUAUAAAAAUGGCGAAAUCUAUUAAACUUACCAGUAAUGAUAGUAAUGAGAUAACGAUAGAAUCAAAAACAAAAACUUCUUUUCUAAACAAAAAUCGUUUACAACUUUUUGAAGUAAAAGAUUUUUUAGCGUUAAAAUUCAUUUGAAUAGUUGCAUAAAGUUGAAGAGAUGUUAUACAUUUAUCUCGAAACAAGUUUUUCAAAUUAGCUGCAUUUUAUUUCUGACAAAUUAAAUAUUUUUAGUUAUUCUGGCAUCAGUUCCACAAAAUAUUACAUCUUAAACCCCCAAAUCGUCAAAUGUCAGAAUCUGAAUAUGAAAUGUUUACGUUUUAGCAAGUUGAGCAAGAGGGGCCCUUGUCAAGUGUUACAAAAAGUGUCGGAAGUAGAAAAAAAUGUAGGCAGUCCAGUCGCCACUCUGCAAUCAAUGAUGCAAUGAUGUAGACUCGAUUCUUUCUAUUUUCCUGGCCACGUCCUUACUAAUGUUAUCGUUGUCAUCUGGAAAUCUCUCGAAAUCGAAACAGGAUUUGGAUCAUUGACUUUUGGAUAACGAUGUAACAUUAUUCACUGUGAUAAAGAAAGAAAUUGAACUGAUAAAAAAAGCUUAUUUUAGUUCUCUUGAGAAUCACGUUACUGUAACUUCUCAUAAUAGUGAUCUAAUUCAAAAACGCCAAAUACUCGGAUAAAAAUAAAAUUUUAACAUUUUUUAUGAAUUUGCAGUUGUGAUAAAUCAACUAUUGCUUUGGCUUUUGUGACUUAAACACGACUCUCGAUAUCAGCAUGCUAUGUGUGGAUCAAAACCGAACUUUAGCGCAACGCGUUGAUGAUCAAUCUUAAAUAUCAAAAUGUGAAUAUCAUCUGUUCAUAUUUUGAUGCAAGCAUACAAUAAUUUAACGUCAGAUUACCAAAAGAUAUGCAUCUGCUUGACGCGUAAUAUGAAAUUGCAAGCAUUUUUCGGUACAAAUGAGCCGCAAUUCAAAAUAGUCUUUCAAGUGCCAAGCAAAAUUCAUAUUCACGCUUGAAUAUCAGAUAAAAUAUGAGUAUUAAGUGGCAACAGCAUGCUGUGAAAUAUUCGUGUCCGCAACCGAGUUUCAGAUCAAGAACAAACACAAGUCGAAGACGAAGUUGCAAGUGAUGGUGAUGUGAAGAUUUUUGUCCCUGGACUUGAUCUUCCUUUGCUUCUCUUCUUUCAUUGGACAUUAUAAAGCAUAGUGGCGUAAUCGUUGUAAUUUGUAGGCUUGUUGGGCUUGUUGUUCGCGACUACGUAAGCGCUUCAUAACGGACAGCUCCGCUCACAGCAGUGCAAGAAAAUGUACUAUCUUGAACUAUAAAUCUAUUGAUGGUCACGUCUUGCGGGUCUUCCGAGCCUCUUGAAAGGAGGGCUUCCGAGCCUCUUGAAAGUAGGGCUUCCAAGCCUCUUGAAAGGAGGGCUUCCAAGCCUCUUGAAAGGAGGGCUUCCGAGCUUCUUGAAAGGAUGGCUUCCGAGCCUCUUGAAAUGAGGGCUUCCGAGCCUCUUUAAAGGAAGGCUUCCGAGCCUCUUGAAAGAAGGGCUUCCGAGCCUCUUGAAAGGAGGGCUUCCGAGCCUCUUGAAAGGAGGGCUUCCGAGCCUCUUGAAAGGAGGGCUUCCGAGCCUCUUUAAAGGAAGGCUUCCGAACCUCUAGAAAGAAGGGCUUCCGAGCCUCUUGGAAGGUGGGCUUUCGAGCCUCUUGAAAGUAGGGCUUCCGAGCAUCUUGAAAGGAGGGCUUCCGAGCUUCUUGAAAGGAUGGCUUCCAAGCCUCUUGAAAUGAGGGCUUCCGAGCCUCUUGGAAGGAGGGCUUCCAAGCCUCUUGAAAUGAGGGCUUCCGAGCCUCUUUAAAGGAGGGCUUCCGAGCCUCUUGAAAGGAGGGCUUCCGAGCCUCUUGAAAUGAGAGCUUCCGAGCCUCUUUAAAGGAAGGCUUCCGAACCUCUUGGAAGGAGGGCUUUCGAGCCUUUUGAAAGGAAGCUUCCGAGCCUCUUGAAAGGAGGCUUCCCAGCUGUCGGCGGAAGCCAUCUUUACUUUUCUUUACUGACACUCACGACCGUUCGUAACAACUUUCUUCUAUAAACUAUAAACGACUCGAGCCUCUUGAAAGGAGGCUUCCGAGCCUCUUGAAAGGAGGGCUUCCGAGCCUCUUGAAAGGAGGGCUUCCGAGCCUCUUGAAAGGAGGGCUUCCGAGCCUCUUGAAAGGAGGGCUUCCGAGCCUCUUGAAAGGAGGGCUUCCGAGCCUCUUGAAAGGAGGGCUUCCGAGCCUCUUGAAAGAAGGGCUUCCGAGCCUCUUGAAAGGAGGGCUUCCGAGCCUUUUGAAAGGAAGCUUCCGAGCCUCUUGAAAGGAGGCUUCCCAGCUGUCGGCGGAAGCCAUCUUUAAUUUUCUUUACUGACACUCACGACCGUUCGUAACAACUUUCUUCUAUAAACUAUAAACGACUCCAGCCUCAUGAAAGGAGGCUUCCGAGCCUCUUAAAAGGAGGCUUCCGAGCUUUUUGAAAGGUAGCUUUCAAGCCUUCUGAAAGAAGGCUUCUGAGCAACUUUGCUGGGAGUUUAAGGUCCUAUUGGCAGGAUGCUUCUAAGCCUAUUGGCAGGAGGCUUCCGAGCCUCUUGAACGAUAAAAUCACGGUGACUAGUUGUCACCGUCGCGACGAUGAAAUCGCUUAGAUCUGGGGGAGCCUUGACACAGCGUAAAAUUCCGUAUCUCAAGUUUUACGCGCUGUUAAUUUUCCAUAUUUUCUUCUGAUCGUUUCCUAGUCUCAUUGGUCUUCCAACUGCAUCUCUGGCACCGGAUUAGCUUGUAUUUGCUUAAUACAUGUUGAGAUCAGAAAAUUAGGUAAAGGCGAGGUAAAUUUUGUUUGUUUUGCGGACAUACAUAUGUAUAAUAUUGCUGGCAGAACAUUUGAAACGUAGGCAGAUCUGUACAUCGGAAGCAAAAAAAAAUAUGCUGACGAUGAGUGGUUUUAAAAUCUUAAUAUAUGGUGGUGGGCUAAAAUGAGCACGGUCCUGUAUCCGAGUUUUGAUAGACGGAGAUACUUUAGAGCUAGUCGACGAAUUCGGCUAUUCAAAACAGACUACAACAAUAGUCGAGAUAUUCGAAGAAGAACCGGCGAUUGACCGCGCACCAAAUGUUUAAUUUAUAAAACGCUAAUCACACGAACCCAGCGAAUCGAAAUUGCGGACAAACUUUUAUUGAUACCACUGAUGAUGAAAUAAGUCCAAAAAGCCUGGAGGUAUGAUUUCGAUAUCAGAGAGUCUUAUAUUGAAGAUAAACAUAAUUAUGGCCUUUUGUUUUGGUGCCUAACUGUGCAGAUAAAUAAUCUCGAAAAUAUCACUUUUUAGUGACAUAUCGUUGCUUUUUCAAAUGAUAGGAAAUGUAUUUCUCAAUUCCAGCGUCCAAGUCAUACUGUGAAACCUAAUCUUAAAAAUCAAGUUUUUAGUCUAAAACAUGCACGCAGCUUCUAGUCACUAGGACUAGCCGAAUAAACCGUGUAGAAAAGUGUUUUUCCGUUUAAUACACCGUACCUACGUGGUCGAGUUAAGACUACCUGCCACCCAAAACGACAUCCCCCACCCGACAAUCGCCAUCGAUGAAGAAGGAAACGCAAAACAAAAAGCAUUUAUACACUAUUGAAUAAUGGUAUCCUUUUUGCUAGGUAUUAUAUAUAAUGAAUGAAAUUUAAAAAAAGGAAAAACUAAUAACUAAUACACUGUAAACGAUUAUUAAUACUUCCUACUCAAAGUAACCACUAUAUUAUAAGGAAAUAAGAAAACAAAAACCGUAUAAACACAAACAAAUCGAUAGCAAAGUGAGCGUGAAAGUGGCUGAGAAGAAGAGCAGAACAAACGUAACCCGACUCGAACUCAGUUAUUACAAAGCGGACAGGCGGAUAUGUAAUCACUUUUGUAAUUUAUUGAAACACAUAGCCAUGUAAGUGAAUAGGAACAAAUUUUUGAUACUGUGUGAUGAAACAUUUUUUGGUCCUUACACGACACAACCAACUCGAUUCGAUUUUUGCGAUUCCUUUUGUUUUGUCUCGGUACAUAUGUAAGCAUGCGUUGUCACCUUUUUUGACUCCUUGUAUAAAUUUUAAUUGAGAGUAAGUGAACUAAAUCCUUUCGGUCAAAAUUUGAUUGGAAAGAAAUGGAAAACAAGAGAAGAUAUCGAGGGAAAUUAUUCGAUGAUGAAAAAAAGAAACUGAAAACUGAAGACUAUUGCAAUUAAGGAACAAAUUUAAACUUUAAAUACAUCUUUGGUACUCAAUCAAUAUAAGCAUACGAAGAGAAGAUUCAAGUGAAAAACCGAACAAAUUAGCCCAGUGUUUCCCAUCUAUAGCCAAGUUAAUGAAAUUAAGCAAAACAAAAUUAAAUGCAGAGAAGAAAACCUGUUGAGUAAGACUAACGCUAAAAGAAUAUAAAAGAGUUAAUUAAAAAUACAAAUACAAUGUUUGGAAAAACAAGAAAACGCAAAAAUCAAAUGUUGAAACAUCUUCGGUACCAAAUUAAUAAUUAGAAAGAGAAAUAACUAGACAGAGCUUAUUAUUUACACACGACCCGUACGUUAUGUACAUUUUUCUCAUCUCCCACUUUUAAAUACACGCCACAACGUUCUACAAGUUGGCAGUAAUCGAAGCGUUGUUCUAGUCAAAAUUGCAACCCCCUUUGCCAACCGAUCAGCUUUUGUGUCCCCCGCGAAGUGCCAUAAGCAUCCUACAAUGCGCAUUGUUUCUAUGCUAUUCUUUUCCCGUUGGAUUCGAAUUUCCCUAACUGCAACUGUUUUGUUUUUCCUUGAAAAAAGAAACUGUGUCCGGAAGCAAAGCAAGCAAUCAGAUACUCAACGUAUUUUAAUACAUACACGCAGACACGGAUUCGCAUUCCACGGAAUGCAACACGUGAAAUCAUUUCACACGCGAAAUGAAAGCAAAUCAAAACGCAUUGCAAUUGUGUACAAAGUCAACCCAAGUAGCUAUUUCUGUUCCGGAUCCGAUGAGGGAUUCGGUUCUGAUUUUUAACACUAGCUAUCACUGAAUUUUUCAAGUUAGACAUAUUUUUGCUAAAUCCAAUCUCAACAUAAAUUUUCGUUUUCCAUUCAAAGUUUGAAUGCCGUCUCGAGCAGGCAAUGCUCGAUGUUCAACUCUCUUCACUUGAUAGGAAAAAAAUACCAAACCGUAAAAGAAAACCCUCACACGACUAUUAAUUAUGAUAAUGUGAAACUAUAUUACGAUGCGCUAGAGAAGAUGGAGUGAAACGAUUAUGUAAUAAGAAACCACAAAAUAAUAAUCCAUCAAUUGAAUGUAGUUGUAUUUGCUCUCGCUUUUACUAAUGGAAAACCAACAAACAAGAAACAUAAAAAAAUGCAACAAAUUUCUCUCUGGACAGCCAACUAAGCAACAGCAACAGCUAAAAUAUAGUAAAAUCAUUACCAAACUGUAUGAAUAUUACCUUCAGCCACACCAGAUACGAGACUCAUAAAUCCAAAUCCAAAAAUGCGAACAUGAUGAAAAGAAGCAUACACAAGCGAAACUGAAUCAUUAUAAUAUAAACUCAAAAAUUAUCAAUAAAAAAAUAGUAAAAUUAA